AUGAAUGACAUUGUACACAAGCUGAACAUCGUUGACCACUCUUUCAAUCGGCUAACGGUGCUGGCGAGUGAGAUCAAAGAGGAGGAAGAGGAGCUGAAGAAGACUACAGUUGUGCUGAAGGCCAGUAAUGAGGAGAUGAAGGAUUUGUCUGUUCGGCUCUACUCUAAAGUGGACACGAUUCUACAGGAGAAGAGCCGUCUGCAGAACAAAGUGCAGGGUUUGGAGGAGAGGCUGAGCAGCAUGUCUCAAGGGCUGGUCACGAGAGAGCAAGUGCAGGAGCUCAAUGCUCUUCGGAACAAUAUUCACAGCCAGGAGCAGAGCAUCACGGAGCUACUGAAGGCUAUGAGGGAGCAAAGUACCCAAUUAAAUCAACAGAGGUCCAAGAUUAAGAGGCUUGAGGACAAGCUUGCAACCAGCAUGCAACUUCAGGAAACCGAGAAAACAUUCAAUCUAUCCAAUGACGAAGCACCGCCGCUGCCUUCUUAUCGAUUUUCAGAAAACAUCAAUGGAUCUGAGUUCAUUAAUUUACCAUCAGACUGCAAUGAACUCUUUCAGCAAGGAGAACGACUGUCUGGGGUGUAUGCAAUAAAACCUGACACAUCUGAGCCAUUUAUGGUUUUUUGUGACAUGACCAAAGGGGAGACUGUUAUUCAGAGACGAACAGAUGGCUCAAUAGAUUUCGAUCAAAACUGGGAAAAGUAUGAACAUGGCUUUGGAGAUUUACACGGGGAGUUUUGGCUCGGACUCAAAAGGAUCUACUCUCUUUCUGUAAAGGGGAAUUCUGUCCUCCACAUUCAGCUAGAAGAGUGGAAACAGUCCAGGCAGUUGUUUGAACAUAGAUUUAAUCUUGACGGCCCUCAAAGCGACUAUACCAUUCAGGUCCUCCAAGCUGAGGACUUUUCGGACCUGUUGGGGAACCACACGGACACAAGGUUCUCCACAAAGGACAGGGACAAUGACCACCAGCCUCAUCAUAACUGCGCCAAAGACACAGGUGGUGGAUGGUGGUUCCAUGCUUGUGGAGGCACUAACCUGAAUGGGAAGUACAUGAAGUCAAGAACGCGGAAGAAGGGGAUCCAGUGGAGAGCUGGCAAAAAGAGUUCUUUAAAGUUUAUUCAAAUGUCUGUGCGGCCUCCUCAGCUUUCCUUUUUGAUCACAGAUGCGUCUUGA